GUAGAUGACGUCAGCUCCCUGCUCACAGAGAGUGAAACAAACAUGGCGACAGAAUGGAGUGGACAGGGGUAUGUUCUAACUUUGAUCGUUUUUCUCUGGGGCGCAGUGGCUGGGCGAAUGGAGACAGUUGUCGAGGGGAUCAGCGGCAGCCGGAUCUUGGGCAUGCGGCUGGAAAGGAGCGACAAACCAGCCACGACCACUGAUGACGGAGUCAUCCAGGUAACGGAGGAGAGCAGCGUCCAGCUCAGGUUUUAUGGGGUGCAUAUGAACUCUGGCACCUGGUCACAGAUCAGGUUCACGGAGCACGGGGACAGCGGAGAGGAGGGAAACAGUAAUGACAAUAUUAACAGGACUUGUGCCGAUUUUACCAAAGACAUCACCAUCAGCAAUUACAUGAACGUCAGUAAGCAGGGCACAUCGGGGGUGCUCGGAAUUAACAUUAAACCGCUCCGCAAGAGCGAGCCACAGAAGGAGUAUGGUCUGUGCGUCAAGAGUAGUCCCGAAGACAGGUGGCACUUGCUGGGGGACAGCGAUGGCAGGAUGCUGGUGGUUGAGGAGAAAAAGCCGCUGAUGCCGAUAUGGUUUCAGGCCAUCCUGAUUUCCUUCCUGCUGGUACUGUCCGGCAUGUUUAGUGGGCUAAACUUGGGGCUGAUGGCCCUGGACCCCAUGGAGCUCCGCAUAGUCCAAAGUUGUGGCACCGACAAAGAGAAGCGUUACGCUCGCAAGAUAGAGCCUAUUCGCAGCAAAGGGAACUACCUGCUCUGUUCGCUCCUGUUGGGGAAUGUUUUGGUCAACACUACACUCACAAUCCUUCUGGACGACCUGAUCGGCUCCGGCCUGGGGGCUGUGGUCGCUUCCACGGUUGGCAUCGUUAUUUUUGGUGAGAUCGUGCCCCAGGCACUGUGCUCUCGCCACGGUUUGGCUGUUGGGGCAAACACAAUCACGGUGACGAAGUUCUUCAUGGUAUUAACCUUCCCGUUGUCCUUCCCGGUCAGCAAGCUGCUGGACUGCGUGCUCGGCCAGGAGAUUGGCACUGUGUACAACCGGGAGAAGCUUGUAGAGAUGCUGAAAGUCACAGAGCCCUACAACGAUUUGGUGAAAGAGGAGCUGAACAUUAUCCAGGGCGCACUGGAGCUCCGAACAAAGACCGUGGAAGACGUGAUGACGCCGCUGAGCAACUGCUUUAUGAUCCAUAUCGACGCGAUUCUGGACUUCAAUACCAUGUCGGAGAUAAUGCAAAGCGGCUACACGCGCAUCCCGGUCUACGACGAGGAACGCUCGAACAUUGUUGACAUUCUGUACGUCAAAGAUUUGGCUUUCGUGGACCCGGACGACUGCACAACGCUUAAAACCAUCACCAAGUUCUACAACCACCCGGUCCACUUCGUCUUCCACGAUACCAAACUCGACGCAAUGCUAGAAGAGUUCAAGAAAGGUAAAUCCCACCUGGCCAUAGUGCAGAAGGUGAACAAUGAGGGAGAGGGGGAUCCCUUCUAUGAGGUGCUGGGUCUGGUCACAUUGGAGGACGUCAUUGAGGAGAUCAUCAAGUCCGAGAUCCUGGAUGAGUCCGACCUCUACACUGAUAAUCGCAACAGGACAAAAGUGGCCUAUAACAAAAAUAAGCCAGACUUUUCUGUGUUCAAACAAGAGACUGAAUCCAAAGUGAAGAUUUCACCUCAGCUAAUGCUGGCUGCUCACCGCUUUCUGGCUACAGAGGUGAGCCUGUUCAGCCCGCUCCAGAUCACCGAGAAGGUGCUGCUGAGGAUCCUGCGGCACCCACACGUCAUCCAGGAGAUCAAGUUCAGCGACGGCAGCAAGCAUUCGCCCCAGCACUACGUCUACCAGCGCGGCAAGGCCGUCGACUACUUCAUCCUCAUCCUGCAGGGCCGGGUUGAGGUGGAGGCAGGGAACGAGAACAUGAAGUUCGAGACGGGACCUUUCUCCUACUACGGUGUCAUGGCUUUGAGCUCUCCCCCCCUGGCUGUCUCUCCCAGUCUCUCUCCCUCAGUGGCAUCGUCUCGUCCGCGCCAUCUCUCUCUAAAGAGGUUUUCUCUGUUCUCUCGCUUUCCAGAGUUCCGCUCUCCAUCCCACCUCAGUGGUCUAAACCGCUCGGCCUCUCUGACCUGCGCAGAGCGCUCCGAGUCCCUCUCCAUCAGCGGCAGUAACACCCAGCUCAACAGCUCGCCGUCUCCGCACUACACCCCUGACUUCAGCGUGCGCGCGCUCUCCGACGUGCAGUUCGUCAAGAUCACACGUUCGCAGUACCAGAAUGGGCUGAUGGCGUCGCGGCUGGACAGCACCCCGCAGUCCCCUGAAAGUGAGCACAAAAGGCUGGGGGACCCGCCCGUGCUCCCCCCGGCCCAGCCCGCCGAGCCCACGGAGAACGGGCCGGACGAGACCACCUCGCUGCUGACCGAGCAGAACUGCCUGCCGCCCAGCCGCCCCAACCACGCCCACAUGCUGAGCCAGCUCCACACCCACGCCCACACCGAGAGCACCAUCUGAGGGGCUGCAGCAGAGGGAAGCUGUGCGGAGGAGCUGGGGGGGGGGGGGGGUGCACACUGCUGAAGUGGAACAGGAAGAGCACAGUGGUGUACCUGCUUUAAGCCUACACACAGUAUCCUCUCCCACCUGUCCCCAACCUCUGUGUGUGUGAGAGAGUGUGUGUGUGUGUUUGCAGGAAGAGCAAGACAAGAGCUAUACUGUUCACAGAUGUAAACAGAGCUCUGGGGAUUGUGUGUGUGUGUGUGUGUGUGUGUGUUUGUUGGACACUGUUCCAAGGGAUGGGGGAUGGGGGUUUUUGUAGUGUGGUAUGUCAGUGGUCAGGAAGGCAUGUGAAUGACAGUGAACUCUUGAUGUGAGAGUGAAGUUUGUGCAGAAAGACCACAAUUUGUGGCUUUCUAUAGAUCUUUGUGAGAAGUUUAACUUAAUUUAAGAACAAAACAUGAAAAAAAAAACCAUCAGCUUCAGGAUUGUUGCCUCAUGUAACAGGGUGGAGACACCCAGAAACCCAUAAGCAAG